GGCCUGCGAGAGGAGGCAGAUCUGGGCCCAGGCCUGAGUGUCCGAUCCAGUUUUGCCCGCGGCCGGGGGCGGUCGAGGCGCCGCAGUCCGGCGGCCUGCACAGCGGCUCUCAGGGCGUCCGGCCCUCCGGGGUGUAUUUCUGGCUGCCAUGGCCGCCCUCGGCUUGCGGGCCUUCGGGACAAAGAGGCUCGGCUGGCUCCGGCGCAACCCGUGGGCCCCGCUCUCCGCCGGCUUCUGCAGCAGGGGGCCCGGGCCGCGACCCACCAGCGCGCGGCAGCGGGAAGGCAUCAGGAACAUUGUCUUGAGUGAUCCAAAGAAGAGGAACGCGCUGUCAUUAGCGAUGCUGAAAUCUCUCCAAAGUGACCUUCUUCACGAAGCGGAGAGCAAAGACCUCAAAGUCAUUAUCAUCUCAGCGGAGGGGCCUGUAUUUUCUUCUGGGCAUGACUUAAAGGAGCUGACGGAUGAGCAGAGCCCGGAUUAUCAUGCCGAAGUAUUUCAGACCUGUUCUGAGGUCAUGAUGCUGAUCCAGAACCACCCGGUCCCCGUCAUCGCCAUGGUGAACGGCUUGGCCACCGCCGCCGGCUGUCAGCUGGUUGCCAGCUGUGACAUUGCCGUGGCGAGCGACAAGUCCUCUUUUGCCACUCCAGGUGUGAACAUUGGGCUCUUCUGCUCCACCCCUGCAGUUGCCUUGGGGAGAACAGUGCCGAGAAAGGUUGCCUUAGAAAUGCUUUUUACUGGGGAGCCCAUUUCCGCUCAGGAGGCCUUGCUGCACGGGCUGCUCAGCAAAGUAGUGCCAGAAGAGCAGCUGGAGGAAGAGACCAUGAGAAUCGCAAAGAAGAUUGCCUCCUUGAGCCGUCCUGUGGUGUCUUUGGGCAAGGCCACCUUCUACAAGCAGCUGCCCCAGGACCUUAGAACAGCCUACUACCUCACCUCCCAGACCAUGGUGGACAACGUGGCCCUGAGGGAUGGGCAGGAGGGGAUCAAGGCCUUCAUCCAGAAGAGAAAACCCAUCUGGUCACAGUGCAGUGGGCAGUUUCCACAGGUAAGCGCUUCCCCCUGUCAUGGACUGAAUUCUGUUCCCACCAACUUCCUCCGUUGAAGGCCUGCUCCCCAGCGCGACUGCAUUUGGAGGAAGGGCCUCUGAAGAGUAAGGUUAAAGGAAGUCGCCAGGAUGGAACCCUACUCCCAUAAGACCAGUGUCCUUAGGAGAGGAGAGAGACAUACAAGGGAUGUGCACGCACAGAGGAAAAGCCAUACGUAGAUACAGCAAGAAGGCAGUCGCCCGCCAGCAGCAGAUAGACACCUCCAGAGAAACCAAACCUGCCGACACCUGAUUGUGGACUGUCAGCCCCCAGAACUGUAAGGAAAUAAAUCUCUUCCCCUAGGCCCCCCAGUCUGUGGUAUCUUGUUGUAGCGGCCUGAGCUAAGACACACCCUCAGGCACUUCUCUCUGCCUCUUUGGGAGUGAUUUUUGGCAUUCCACCAGCUGGCUCGGCCUUCAGCAGGCCAACCAGGGACACCCCUGGAGCAGCAGGAGACAGGAGCCUAUGGAUAAAUACCACCCCCCCCCCCCGUUGACUGAGGAAACAACGCUGAGAUAUGGGUCUGUGUGUUCUCAAAAGGGCCCGGCAGGGCUGAACCCCAUCAUCCACAGCACCGACCCGUCGGUUCACGAAGACUUUACCAGCUCUCUCCUUCCCUGCCUUCCCUUGUCCCACACCCUCACUUGGGAUCCUGCCAUCACUUUCCAAAUAAACAACCUUCACGUAAGUCCUUGAUUCAGGGUCUGCCUUUGGGAGAAUACUGAACUAAGUCAAGAGGCAGAUUGACACUGGCCUCUCAGUGAGCGUCCCCUUCCCCUAACAAAAAAGUGAGACCAAGAUUUAGCAACAGAACACAUGUUACAAUGAAGCAAUGGGAGAGGCUGCUGAAUGAGCCCCACUGGCAACGUCGAUUAUAGGAAUCAAGAGGAGAAUCCAUUUUGAUAGGAUCAUCUGCAUAAAGCUUUGACUUUUCAAGCUGGAAGGGAUCUCAGUUCUCAGUUACCUCACAAGUUAUGACAUCACACACACGGUGUCUACAUGACUGAAGAGGAACAGACCUACCCAGUACUGGUACCAAAAGCA